UCGACACUGCCCUAAUUUGUCGCGGCGACCUCUCAGUUGUUUCUCGCCUCCCUCCCGCCAUGAGUCUCCUUCUCCAUCCGCACUCGCGCCUCCCUGCCCGUCGAUUUGGGGUUCCCUUCUCUCGCUCCUCUCGUUCUCCUUCAUGCCUGAGCUUUGCAUCCGCUAGAUCGGUCCUUCCCUUUCUGCAGGAUAAGGCGAAGUUCUAUCGCGAACUCGAGGCUGCCGUCGAUGUCGUGGAGAGAGCUUGCCGCCUCUGCGUUGAUGUGAAGAAGUUUUUGCUCUCCAAUGACGACCGUAUUCUCGAAAAGAAUGAUCAGACGCCUGUAACAAUUGCAGACUUCAGUGUGCAAUCUUUGAUCAGCUUGGAACUGAAGAGACUAUUUCCAUCUAUACCAUUGGUAGCUGAAGAAGACUCAGGAUUUUUGAGAUCGAGUUCUGCAAAUUUGCAAAAUAUUGAUGGCCAUGAUGGAAACUAUCUUGUCAACUCAGUCCUGAAUGCCGUGGUCGAUAAAGCUACCGUUUCUGAUGAUCCAUUAACUGCCAACAUUGUGUUGGAUGCUAUUGACAGAGGGGGUAUCAAUGCAGUUUCUUUUGAUGCACAACCGGCAACUUAUUGGGUGCUUGACCCCAUAGAUGGUACUCGUGGUUUUGUAAAAGGAAGUGAUGCACUAUAUGUGGUUGGUCUGGCUCUUGUAGUCAGAGGAGAAAUUGUACUUGGUGUCAUGGGCUGUCCAAAUUGGAAAAUGGAUACUCAUACUUCUGGGAGUCACGAUAAGAAAACAGCUAAAUCUGAGACAGGGAUUAUCAUGAUUGCUCAUGCAGGCUGUGGAACCUGGACAAGGAGAUUAUCUGAUGCUGCAGACAACCUUUUGAUGGUCCAAGGUGGUUGGAAGCAAUGCUUUGUUGAUUCCUACUAUACAGUGCAAGAGGCACGAUUUUGCAUUCCAGAUAGUCAAACCUGGGAUUUUAUCCCGCUAUCAGCUCUGUUCAGUGCCACAGUUGAUGAUAGUGAGUGUAGAGACAAUAGCACAAUACUUCUUUUGCCAACAUGUUGUGGCAGCUUGUGUAAGUACCUUAUGGUGGCUUCUGGUAGAGCUUCUGUUUUCCUUCAGCGAGUCAGGUCUCAAAAGGAAAUUAAGGUUUGGGAUCAUGCUGUAGGAGUCAUUUGCAUACAGGAAGCAGGAGGAAUGGUUACUGAUUGGAAUGGGACUCGGCUAGAUUUUGCAGCUGAUCAAGAACAUCGAAGAAUCUUAUAUCCGUUGGGCGGUGUGCUUGCGACGAACAGUAGGUUACACAACAAGAUCUUGGAGAUGAUCUCCUCUAAUUUCUCCAUAGUUUGACAAUUAUACCCAAGGUAUAGUUUUGUUACAUCUCAAUAUAUAGAAUUAUGAGUGAAACAAAAACAAAGAAGUAAUUUUGACAGUUAAAUCAUUUGUUUCUGCACUUGUUCUCCUUUCAUAAGCAGCCAGUCGAUGUAAACAGAGCCCUCUCUUUUUUGAAUUCCAUUGUCAGGUUUUAAAUGUACCUUAUAAAGUUCUAAAAUUACCAAAAUGUUAGCCUGAUUUUUCCCUAUGGGGCGAAUUGUAAAACUUUGGGGGUAUUUGAAAUUAAGCUAAAUUUUAGGUGUCGAAAAUGAACGUUUCACCAGCUUUUAAAAACUUGGGGUGCAAAGUGAAAUUUAUUGGCCUAUAUAUUUGGGUCAAAUAAAAUCGCCGCAAAACCCUCAGCGACCGAGCGAGCGUCUUCGUCAAUGCUCUACCAUGGCGGUCUACAGAGCCAUAGCGCUGGAUCUCACCUCUCCUGCCGCCCUCCGUCUCCUCUUGUCCCUUCCGCUUCUUUCUCUCUCUCUUCCUCCACCGUCGCGUCGAACGCUUUCACCUUCGUGCUCCGUCUCAACCUUGCGGCUUCUCCGAUCUUCUUCCCUUCCUUCCGAUGGAUCCCAUUCUACAAGGCCACUUUUUCUCUCUUCGCCUCCGUGGAAGCUCUCGCGGUUGGCAAUUCCUUUGCAUCUACAUGGGAAAGAUGUUAUCUUUUCCAAGAAUUGUUACUGGUAAUGGUACUGAACUUUGUCGAUGCAGAUUAGCUAGUACUUAUGUUUUUAGCUGCCAUUUGUGUGUAAAGUAGGCAAGAUAUUUUCAGCAUCUACAGAUUUAUUUUUUUUAAUGAAUUAUCCUUUUGUUUUUGAGGUCGCUAUUCCAUUUGUUUUUCAUGCUUACUGACAUCUCUAGGCAAUGAUUUGAGAUCAUUUUCACACAUGGAAGAUCGUGAUAUCUGGCAGAGACUAGUUCGCAACUUUGCAUCAGAGUCACAAAAAAUGUGGAAAAAAAAAAUUCACCACGGAAAUAACAAUCAUAAUAAUACAGACCGCUCAUUUCCUUGAUGGAUAUUAGCAUGGAUCCAGUUCAGUAGCAUUUCUGUAAGAGGAGAAGAAAAUACUAUAGAGUUCCCUCUUCUGUUUCAGUUCUCUGUCAAGACAGCUUCACCUUCUCAAAUGGCUAUUGUUUCAUAUGCAAGUCCACUUCUGUUAGAGAGGAUAUCACUGCCAGAGAAGAUUGAGGUUGACCAGUGUUACCGAAGGAUAGGUAAGGUUACGGUGACCUGACCAGGUCGAGGAAGAUGGAGAGGCAAGUCUCAGUUUUGCCAACUAAGAGGACUUUAGCAUGCCAAGCUUCAAUUGCUGAGUCGUCAUCUGUGCCUUGGGAUUUUGAGGUACAUGUUUAAUAUUGUCACUCCUUUAUAUGCAUCUUAAAUUUUCAUUUGAAUUAUAUGUAACACUCAUCACAUUCUAAACUGAAGGAGAUUUCAAAAGGCUUAGUUUUGUUUUUGCUUAGAUUUUGAGUUUACAGGUUAAAGUUGUUUCUUGCACUCUGGUGAAGAUAUUUCUGUUUCAUGUAGAUUGAAACUUUCAAUGAGAGGGAACAGAAGCUGGCAAACUACAUUCCAGUGUUUGCGAUGCUUCCAGUGAGUCAACUCUUUCUCAGAGAGUUCAUUACACUAACAAUGACCACAAACCCUUUGAUCAGAAAAUUUUCCAGCAGUUAGUUGUCAUUUUCCCAGAUGACAACCUAUUGCACAAACCGGAAGCUUUGAGGCGGCAGUUGCAGAAUCUCCGUGCGGCAGACAUUUACAGAAUAUGGUGGAUGUAUGGUGGGGCAUUGUGGAAGGCAAGGCUCCAAAGCAUUAGGACUCAAGUGCCUACAGAGACCUGUUCCAAAUGGUUCACGAAGAAGACCUCAAGAUGCAGGCCAUCAUGUCAUUCCACCAGUGCAGUGGCAACAUCGGCGAUGACGUGAACUUUCCAAUACCAGAAUGGAUUCAUUGGCGUAUCGCUGACACAAACCCUGACAUUUAUUACACUAACAGUUGCAGCACAAGGAACAAAGAGUGCCUCACCAUUGGAGUGGAUGAGCAGCCCAUAUUCAGUGGGCGCACUGCUGUGGAGGUUUGAGAUGUAAACUAGCAUUCUCUUAGUGUACAUAAAUGAAUUAAAGAUGAAGUGAUAGAAGACAAUAAAAUGAAGAAUGAUGUCCACCAA